AAUCUACCAAUCCGGCUUAUAUGAAAAUCUGCGCUCAACGGAACAACACCGUAAAUACACAAGUAUAUUAAAAUACAUGUAUAAAACCAACCCUUUUAAUAUCGACUGCUAAUUAAGUAAUAUGAAAGAUAACAUGUAUCCCAGUUUAGCUGAUGGCGCUGAGGGUGAACGUGAGACGGACUAUAUAUUUCCUAAAGGUCCAGGAUCCGGGGGACAUAUGGCUAAUGAAGUUACCGUGGUUUCAGUGUCUGAAGUAAACGACUAUGCCAGCAGUAUUCCUGAGAAGUGUUCUGAAGGAAGUAACGAUAGUACAAGUACAAGCACGGGGAGCGGUAAUGAAGAAGAGAGAGCCACAUGGGGUGGCAAGCUCGAGUUCCUGUUAACAUGUAUCUGUUAUGCGGUCGGCCUUGGAAAUGUGUGGCGAUUUCCGUAUCUGUGCUACAAAAACGGCGGUGGCGCAUUUCUGGUUCCUUACACAAUCAUGUUGGCUAUCGUUGGUCUCCCUCUGUUCUUUCUUGAGCUCGGAAUCGGUCAAUACGCCAGUUUAGGUCCCAUCUCUGUCUGGAAAAUGAAUCCAUUGCUUAAAGGUCUAGGUUACGCUUCAGUGAUUGUGUCAUGGCUCAUUGGACUAUACUACAAUGUCAUCAUCUCGCACGUGCUGUUCUUCCUAUAUUCAUCAUUUACCGAUAAACUGCCGUGGCAGACAUGUGACAACGAUUGGAACACUCCAAACUGCAUCUCCUUCGAGCAGCAUGUGAAUGGUUCAGUAAACCACACCGCUCACUCCAAUGUCAGCAAAACGCCUAGCGAGGAAUAUUACAGGAAUUAUGUCCUCGGUCAGACUGACUCCAUUGAUGACAUAGGAAAAGUGGAAUGGCAUCUCGCCUUGACUCUUCUUCUCGCCUGGGUGAUCGUCUGCCUCGUACUUCUCAGGGGAAUCCAAUCUCUUGGAAAGGUUGUAUAUUUUACGGCCAUCUUCCCUUACAUUAUGCUGACAAUCCUGUUUAUCCGUGGUGUAACACUACCUGGUGCGGGAGAUGGACUCAUGUACUACUUUAAGCCCGACUUCAACAAGUUGCUCGAGACCCGGGUAUGGAGUGACGCAGCCACCCAGAUCUUCUACUCCCUAAGUGCAUGCUCCGGUGGUCUGAUCGCCAUGUCUAGCUACAACAAGUUCAACAACAAUUUCUACAGGGAUUCUCUUAUCGUCAGUGUCAUCAACUGUGGAACUAGCAUCUUUGCCGGAAUGGUUAUAUUUGCUGUCCUCGGAUUCAUGGCUCAGGAAAAAGGAGUUGACAUUUCCAAAGUUGCUGACGGAGGUCCCGGACUUGCCUUUGUGGUUUACCCAGAAGCUCUUGCACGUAUGCCUGUUGCUCCUCUUUGGUCCGUUUUCUUUUUCAUCAUGAUGGCUACUCUUGGAUUCGGUUCUGAGUUUUCAUAUGUGGAGUGUGUAUUCAGUGCCCUUGCUGACGAAUUCCCCAUCCUGAGAGAACGUCGUAACAACAUCAUCUUCAGAGUCGUCGGGUGUAUCUUCUGCUUCUUCCUCGGUCUCCCAAUGGUCUGCAGUGGAGGAAUCUGGCUCCUGAACAUCGUUGAUUACAGUGUUGGCGGAUUUCCCCUGUUGGUUGUUGGUAUCAUGGAACUCAUUGCUGUUGGCUGGAUUUAUGGUUACGAUAAUUUCUCUGAUAACAUCCACGCCAUGCUGGGAAGAAGACCAAGCAAAUACUGGGAAAUUUGCUGGAAGUUUGUUUCACCGUCUGUCAUUGGCAUCACUAUUAUCCUGAACAUUGUGCUGUACAGCCCACCAAGCAUGGACGGUCAGUUAUAUCCCUCUUGGGCCAACGGUCUCGCCUGGCUUAUCGCACUUUUCCCAAUUAUUGGAAUUCCUGGAUUAUUCCUGUACAAAUUCUGUAGAGAAGGUGGCUUAGAGUUGGUUAAAGAGAAUAUGAAGCCAGACCCAACUUUUGGACCCGCCAUUCGUUACCCCAACGUUGAUGAUUCAUUCACGGACAUAGGAAACAUUAAUUCAAAUGGUUACAAUCCAGCGUUCGCAAAAUCUAUGGGAAGUUCUUUGUCAACAAGUACCAAGCUUACAGACGUUCCAAACCUAAACUUUACACCUGCGUCGUCAGUAAUAACAAUCCCGAGGUUAUCAAAAACAACGCCCGAAAAUGGACCAAAUGAAUCUCGUCUAUAGUGUGUAUUUUUAUGUUCAUUUCACAUGCUGAAUGGUUGGUGUAAGGACAUGCAAGUGAGCGAGUGCGAUCGAGAUUCAUAUCAAUUUUCAUGAACUUAAAUGCAACGUGAUAUAUGACAUAAAACUUACCAUUGAAAUUUGACUUUCAUUCUCUAAACACGGUAAAAUUUUAAAUAAAAUAUGUAAUUACAAUUUGUGUUGACGAGACACGAAACGCGGGUUGUGACAAAAUGCCUGAAAUUGAUUACUUCUUUGGAUCGAAUCAUUUGGCUGAGAUGUAUUAUAAUGUCAUAUAUCAAGUCAUCUUUGAAUUGUGAUAAAUCAUUAUUGUAAAAAUAUUGACGAAUGAUUGUGAUACCCACAAAAAUGUUCCAGUUUAUAUUUUAUUUUCGUUUGUUUGUUUUUGUUGUACAAGUAUACAUGUAUAUUUGGGUUAUCAACAUAUGUUGUCUCUUUACGAAUUUCCAAACAUGCAAUCAUGAAAUAUAAUGCAAAUAUCGAUAGGAAAACUGCCACUUGAGAUCUUGAAUUUACUGAACAAAAUUUGCUCAAUCGAAAUAGAGAAUGCCAAUCUUGCAAAUAGACUUAUGACUGCCAUAUUCCUACCUAAUAUUGCUAGAGUAAUGCUGACAAUAGUCAAAUUUUCUCGCGAUAUUGUUCAGGUAGCUAAAAUUCUUUUUGAAAGUAAUCAUUGUAUUUCGUUUUAUUGAAUUGUACAGCUAUUGCGUUACUGCCAGUUAAAGUUUUUUAUGUGAGAUUUUAAACUUGAUAAUUUCAUUGCUAAACCAUCGAAUGCUAAAACAAUUUUUAUACAAUGUGGCAAAGUGCAAACAUUAUUUUUUCAAAGGUGCUUGACAUUACUAUAUUUUUCUUUUAAUUGUGUUUGAUAUAUAUUCUGACAAGACUGAAAUUAGAUAAAAUAAUAAUAAUGAUAGAAAAAAUACGGAAAUGAUGUAAUAUUACACAAAAUUGCAAAGAUCUUUUGUAUAUUUUUUUGACCGUUUAGUUUUGUCAUUGUAAAUACCAACAUCGUGUUCAACUAUUUCUCUGUUUUUCUUCACUAUUUUCUUUUUUUACACAUUAUGUCCACAUUAUAAUGUUUAAUGGUAUUUUACCAUUGUCUUUCAGUUUUGAAUAAUAUUGACGCAUGCGCACUGCAGUGUCUUGAACGAAUGUGUCUUAUACGCUUGACGCUCUAUUGUAAUAUUUUACAUACAUGUACGUUUAUGCUUGAAUUCCCACUCUGCUGUUUCAAUAAAUUUUAAAAGUAUACAGUUUAACAACGCUUUGUAAAUCGAACGUACAAAAGUGUUAAUCUAAAUUGAUUUCUAAAGUCAGCCUUCGAUAUCAUCAAAAAUUAGUUCACCAUAAGCUGACGUUAGAGUCCAAUAUCAUGCUGAGCUUCGAGUCUGAACAAUUUUCAUUUCAAAUUAUUGGAAAUUAGACUUGAGUUCGGCUCAGUAUGUUGGUACUCUUGUCAGACGCUGUUGUGUUCGCUUAGCGUAUAAACCAUUUCACGACUUUUGAUAUAAUUUAUUUUUUCCGCUCUCAAGUUUUAGUACUGUAUUCAGAAAAAAGAACUUUAAGAUAUCUUCUGUUGUUGUAAAUCCUCACAUGUGUGUACAUACCCGUUGGGAGAGAAUGAUGAAAAUCAUUGAGAGAAGUGUUAGAGUGUGGAUAAAUGAUACCAGGCACCUAUUCCCAGUCAAUUUUCUCCAUUAUUGCAAUUCAGAUACAAUAUGAAAUACUUAAUGCACUUUCAAUUUCAAAAGAAAUGAUAUUAAAAAGAUUAACAGAUGGAUUACAAAUUUGUAAAGUUUUAUAAUUUCAUUUGAAAUAGAUAAAAACAACAACACAAAAGUUAAUAUUACUUUUUAGAACAUACUGUAAUGCAAUUUUUGCACAGUAACAAACAUAAUGCAAACAAAAUACAAAGUCAACUUAAUAUGUGAACACGAAUAUUUUUGUAUGAGGAAUCUGGUGCUGGCUAAAUGUAUUUAGGAGAAAGAGUUGUGUGCGUGCUGAAUAAAUGACAAUGCAAAUGUAUAGUAAGAUGUGAUAAAUUAUUUUGUAAAUAUAUAUAUAUAUAUGUAAAUUUCGGCUUCCUAGAUAGCACACCACACUUGCCAUGAUACAAAGUCAUAUGACACGUUUAUACUAGUCCAAUAGUACUUAAUAACACUUUGCAAAGACUAACAAAAAUAUAUCAAUUUAAGCUUGAUACUAGGUAAUUUUUAACAAAGGAUAUCAAUUGUAAUUUUAGACGUUUGAAAUAGAUUUAGGUUCAGUUAUGUGCCGGAUUUUGAUAACUAUAGCAAUUCCGUUUCGAAAUUUACUAGUAUAUUGUUAUGAAUGUUCAUUUCUAAAAUAACUGCUGUAAAUUGCCAGCAGUCUUUGAUGUCGUUGAAUAUGCGGUGACGUAAUUGUUACUGUAACAUCAUUUAUUAUGACGUCAUAGAAUUAUUCGUGUUAGUCUCUCGGAUAUUGGGGGUGGAGAUGUGUUGGUAUCUACCACAUAUAUGUAUAUUUUUGUAUUGCUGCAUUACAAUAUGAUGAAUAAACUUGUUAAAACUAUA